AUGGGAUAUGGCGAUGGUGAGAUGUACAAGACAAUCGAAAUCAGGUUUAUCGGUUUAUGGCCUCAUCAUUGGAUAAGUUGGCAAGUAACCCCAUUGCUUAAUCGGGACCGGGUAAAGGCAAAUGUACCAUCCAUGGCAAAGUUCAUCGACAAUGAUGAUGUCUUCAGGCUAAUGCUGAGAAAAGGCGUGUACCCGUAUGAGUAUAUGGACAAUUGGCAAAAAUUCGAAGAGUUGGAGCUACCACCAAAGGAGGCAUUCCACAGCAAAUUAAAUAUGAAGGGCAUUAGCGACAGGGACCAUGAAUACGCAAAGGAGGUAUGGGAUGACAUUACCCCAGAGGGCGAUAACGUCACCAUGUGGGACUACCAUGACAUAUACCUGACCAUAGACGUCCUGCUAUUGGCCGACGUCUUUGAAACCUUUCGAGGCGUCUGCCUGGACAACUACAGCCUUGACCCUGCACACUUCUACAGCGCACCUGGCUUGGCAUGGAAUGCAGCACUGAAAUUUACGGGUAUAAAGCUAGAGCUUCUCACAGAUCCCGACAGGCUAUUGAUGUUCGAAAAAGGUAUCCGUGGAGGUAUAGUCCAGGCUGUGCAUCGUUAUGCCAAAGCAAAUAACAAGUAUAUGGGAGAUCAGCAUAAUCCUAAUGAGGAGUCCUCCUACCUGCAAUAUCUGGAUGCAAACAACCUAUAUGGAUGCGCGAUGCGUCAAGACUUGCCCACGGACGGCUUCAAAUGGAUAUCAAAUGUCGAGGCAUUCACUGAAAGGCGGAUCGGGAAGCUCGUUGAGUAUAAUAGGCAUGGGUACAUCUUAGAGGUAGAUAUAGACUACCCAAGGGAGCUACAUGAUGAACACAACGAGUUGCCGCUCCUACCCGAACGCAAGAUGAAGGCAUGGUUGAAGGGGUACAUCGAUCACAACACAGGGUUUAGAAUGGCUGCCAUAAACGAGUUCGAGAAGGACUUUUAUAAACUCAUGAAUUUAAGUGUAUUUGGAAACACGAUGGAAAAUAUCCGGAACCACUGCAACAUCCAGCUGGUCACCAAUGAAGACAAGUACACGAAGCUUGUGAUGAAACCAAAUUUCAAGGGUGUAAAUUGGUUUAGCAAGCACCUUCUAGGUGUUGAAAUGGGCAAGACCGAGGUCAAGAUGAAUAAGCCGGUGAAUCCCAAAUACGGUAGCAAGCUCCAACUCUGUUACAUGGACACGGACUUGUUCGUAUACCACAUUCGAACCCACGACUUUUACAAGGAUAUAGCCAACGAUGUUGAAGCACGCUUCGAUACAAGUGCGUAUAAUGCAGAUGAUGGAAGGCCCCUUCCUAUGGGGAAAAACAAGAAGGUGGUGGGCCUGAUGAAGGAUGAGCUGGGUGGCAAAAUCAUGACCGAGUUCAUUACGUUGAGGGCCAAAGCAUACGCGUAUAAGAGCCUUACCAAGAAAGGCGGUGAUCGAAAAGCGAAGGGCGUUAAGAGAUGUGUCACCAAGAAGUCGAUAACCUUUGAUGACUAUCAACGAUGUCUGGAAGAGGGCAUUGAUAUCUACAAAAGCCAGAUCUUGAUCCAAAACAAGGGCCAUAGGGUAUAUACCAAAGAAGUAUUGAUGUUGGCACUAAACAGGGCAGACGACAAACGGCUCAUACAACAGGACCAGAUUACAACACUUGCCAGAGGUCAUUACCGCCUAGCGUCUACAGGAUAUCGACGUAUAAUAAAAGGAAUGUCGGACAUUGCACAAGUCUUUGACAAUGCCUCUGCAGAAUAUGAAAAUAUCGAAAAGCCCAUUGAUAAACGCCAAAUUUUAAAAGGGUCUCUUCGUAAAGGUAAAGGGCAUCUUUUGCCCAAAAAAUGUACAGGCUUUGUUGAUAAGGCCCCGGAGGAGGCUAUCAAUAAGGUACAUACAGAGUAUGUACAGCACUCCAGGAGAAGGGUGAGAAGACUGCGAAAGCCCUAUCCACCCAUGUUAACAGCCUAUAUGCCAGCAUGA